AUGGGCGAUGAGGGUCCGUGGAUUUGCAAGGAAUUUCAACCUCUGCACAACCAUGACAAGGCAGCAUUAGAUGAGUUGCGAUUUCUGAGAUCAAACCGUUCCGUGUCAGAAACCCUAGUUGCUCAAGUGAGGUCAAUGAACCAAGUUGGGAUAAGAACUUCACACAUCAUCUCCCACUUGGCAAUGCAGUCUGGUGGGUACGAAAGGAUGCCUUGCCAGCUACGAGACGUUUACAACAAGGUCACCCAUGUCAAAAGAAAAGAGAAAAGAUGUACAGAUUCAGAUGGUGCUUUGGGAUAUUUGGAAUGUCUGUCAAAGAGGGAUCCAAAUUUCUUCAUUCAAUAUCAAUGUGACAUGGACAACAGAUUGGGGAACCUAUUCUGGGUGGACAGAUAUUCUCGACGGGAUUUCGUCGCAUUCGGUGAGGUUAUUGGAUUUGACACAACAUAUAUGACAAACAAAUAUAAUAAACCCCUGACAAUUAUUUUGGACGUCAAUCAUCAUUUCAAGACCUGCAUAUUUGGAAUGGCGCUGCUUAACUCUGAGGAUGAGCAAACUUACUUUUGGUUGCUUGACAAAUUUAUUGAAUGCCACAAUCAUGUAACACCAAAGGUUGUGGUGACAGAUGGAGAUGGAGCUAUCAAAAAUGCUGUCUUGAAGUACUUCCCAAAUGCAACUCAUCGGUUGUGUGCGUGGCACCUGUGUACCAACGCUUUAAAAAUUUCAAAAGACCCCCGAUUCUUACAAGGAUUUCAAGAUGUCAUGUACAACUAUUACACAAUAGAGGAAUUCAUGCAAAAAUGGGGGGAAUUAAUACACAAUUUUGACCUCCAUUCUAGCCAAUUGCACCAACACUUAUCACAGUCGUCGUUCAUGGGCAGAGACAUACCUAAGAGGGAAAUUUGUCGCCGGAAUGCGGACCAACCAAAGAUGUGA